AUGGAAAAUGUACAAAAUGACGAUAAUAAUGCCCAUGUUGUGACUUUUGACGACGACAUACAUCGGAGAAGAAGAAUUGCAAAUGGCAACGGCACGCACAUUGCCAGCGAAGAAUCGGGCUACGCCUCGCCGGAACCUAGCCACUACCACCAGAACGGUGACGUUAUCACCGGAACCUCGAAGCAGCAGAUUGGCAGACGAUUCUCCAGAUGGCGCCGAAAAAAGAAAGUAUGCUCCAUGAAAAUCCAGCGUGCGAUACGCGCUUCUAUCGUACGCGCUGCGUUUCUCUUUCAUGGACUGGCCGCCAUCUUUUGCGUGGUGUAUACGUCACAGAACUCAUAUUACUGGUUCCUUGGAGUGGGUUUCGUCUUUCUGGCCAUGGAGAUGGUGCUGACUUAUUCUUUCAAUGAAGACGGAGAAUGGAAGUGGUUCGUUCCCUCUUCGCUCAUCUACAUGGCCGUGGUCGUACCAGUGGUUUGGUUCAUGGAGUUAGGCUCUCUGGAACUCCGACUCGAAAUCCAAGCCCGUCUCGGCCCAGGCAUCGGGUGUCCGACCACCAUCUCGUCCAUACAGAUCAGGGGUUUCCUAUGCCUAACCAACGAUACUUCACCAUUUGUCGACGUCGUCUCACCCCUCGAUGAGAAAGUGUACGAUUUGCAGCAGCUUUUUUCCACCACUUUGCAACAAACUCUCAUGUUGAUUCUGAUCGUUGGGCGCUGGAUGAUGCCCCGUGGACAACUUACACGUGAUCAGCUAUCACAGCUUUUAUUGGUUUAUAUCGGUAUGGCCGCCGACAUGUUGGAGUUUUCCUUGGAGACGUUGAAACUCGAUGCCAUCGCUUGCCAUCGGGACAUAUUCUUCGUCAUCCUCGGGAUCUGGUCGUGGAGUCUUUUGCAGUUUACGCUUGGCCUCACCGCCACCAAGGCCAGAAAGCGACGCGUCUUCGGAAAAGUGGCCAAACCUGACGAUGAGGAAAAGAGGGUGUUAAAGAUGAACAAAAAGUUGCAGCAGACAGCGAUGAACAUCUUCUGCUGCGGGACGGAGACAUGGGCGUUGAUGACCAGCGUUAUACUCCAGGACGGACCCUAUCUCUUCAUCAGACUUUAUCUCAUUAUCCGAUUCCGCAUUUUCGACCAGUCCAUGAUCUUCUUCACGUGCAAGAACGCACUCCUGCUGUUGCUUCAGUUCUACCGUCUCUUUGUUAUCAUCUCGGAGACGAAGAAAGCCCAUUCGAUGUCGGUGAGGAGGCGGCAAUCUAUGCCGAUGGAGGCGCGACCUAAUGAUCUUUACGGCCGUCGACCAAGGAAUGGAAGCGUUUUCUCCAUCCAGCCAAUACCGACAGCAAACGGCAACAUUGCCAAUGGUGAAGGUGGUAUCCGGUAA